AUGCAUCGGAAAGCCCCUAUUGCAUUAAUUGAGUUGGUAUCUGCUGAUACCACUACUCAUUCUCACAAUUUACGUAGUCGUACUCAAUGUAAGCUACCGACACUCACAAUGGGUUUACAAGUUUUCGAAAAAUCAUUCAUACGAACUCGAAUUCCAGAUAUUGUCGAUAGAACUAAUGAGGUUAACUUUUGUCGAAUGCGAAUUGGUUUUUCACAAUUAAAAUUUGAUCUGUUCACACAUACACUAGUCAGUGAUCCAUCGUGUUCAUGUGGCGCGGAUGAAAGUGCUGUCCAUUUCUUAAUUAACUGUCGACAAAUUUGA